UUCUUAUAUAUCCUACAAACUUUGACUUUUCCUUUCUUUAUCUCAUAAGCUCCUGACGAUCCCUCCCUAACAAAAUCACAAGCUUUGAUCUGCCCCUCCCUCCAUAUAUCCCAUAAACUUUAGCUUAUCCUUCCCGUCUAUAUAUCACAAUUUCUGAUAUAUUAACCUCUCACUUAUUUCACGUCUUUUUUAGAAUUGUUUUUUAAAUAUGUAUUUUUUUUUGAUUUUUUAGGUUACCUUCCCCUCACAACACUCAUCAUAUCAAUAACAAAAAAUAAUUUUAUAUGCAAAAAUCCUUUUCUUCGUCAAAAAAUUUCUAUCAACAAUGGAAUUUAGGAGAAUUAAAUAAAGGAAUGCAAAAAGAGGAAGAAGUAGAUUUUGUUGAAAAAAUUGAAAUUGAAGAGGAGGAGGAUGAGGAUGAAUUGGCACCAGAAGAAUUACAGGAAUUGGAAGAUCAUUUAUGUGAGAUGGUUACCCCCAAAAAUGUUUUGUUAUUUGGAGGAAGAAAUAGAAGGAGAACCCCCCUGCUUAUUGGUUCAAACGACGCUUCUUCUCGCUUUUGGCGCCCUCAAUCAUCUACUGCUACCGCAACAACAACAGAUUCAAAUAGUGAAUUUGGUGGGGGUGGAGGACAUUCAUUAAUAGAAACAAGCAUUACUAACAGUAGAAAAAGUCAAAAACAGGAAGUUGAUGAAUUUAGAAAAAAAGGAGCCAGAAAGAUUAAUAAACGCCAAGAAUUAUUUGUUUCUGAAUUGGUAUGGCUAGCUGCUAGCAAUUUAAGUGGAGAAAGAAAAAAUUGGGAAAGAAUAGCGAGAGAACAUUUAGGAAAAAUGAACGAUUUAUUAUUUCUUGGAUUCGAAAAACAUUUUUUAACUUCAAAAGAAGUAAAACUGAAUGAAACAAUUUCUGUUUGGACAUUCUCUACGGCUGUUUUCUUUUCUGUUGUCUCAACAAUUGGCUAUGGCAAUCCUGUGCCUGUUACAAGAAUUGGAAGAAUCGCCUGUAUAUCAUUUUCACUUUUUGGAAUACCUCUAACACUAGUAACUAUUGCUGAUUUGGGCAAAUUUUUAAGCGAACAUCUUGUUUGGUUAUAUGGAAAAUGGUUAAAAUUGAAGCGUUUUCUUUCACUAAAAAUAUGUAGGAGAGGAUUUAUUAAUGUGAAAGAAGGAAGAUUUGACGUAUCUAGUCAUCAAUAUUUAAAUCAAGAAUUGGUUCGGGAAAAUAGAAUUCCAGCAUUACUUGUUUUUGCAAUUUUGGUGUUAUACACAGCACUUGGAGGUUUAUUAAUGUCUCAGCUUGAGCCUUGGGAUUUUUUUACUUCUUUUUAUUGGUCUUUUAUUACGAUGACAACAGUAGGUUUUGGUGACUUGAUGCCUCGUAGGGAUCAUUAUACAGCAAUUAUUCUUUUAUAUAUUGUUCUUGGUCUAGCUAUAACAACAAUGUGUAUAGAUUUAGUUGGUGUUCAAUAUAUUCGAAAGAUUCACUACUUUGGUAGAAAAAUUCAAGAUGCACGGUCAGCUUUAGCUGUUGUUGGUGGAAAGGUUGUUCUCGUUUCUGAGCUUUAUUCAAGCCUACUUCAAAAAAGGAAUCAAAAGGGAGGAGGAAAUGUUUCUUGCACCGGAGAGACUGCUUUUAUUAUUGAGAAUUUAUAUAUUGACCCAAGUCGUCGACAUAUAAUUCCAUUUAUUCCUGCUGAUAUUCGCCUCAUCCGUUUUAUUGAUCAACCUCCUAAUUCAUUAUCAAGAACUAGCUCACAAGCAAGUGAAGAUGUUAAGGGUUAUUUCUGUUAA